AUGAUAAUUGUCCAUAUAAUUUUGUAUCGUUGCUUGCUUGUGAUAAGUGCAUUUGGGGUGGGCUCGGCUUUUUUACUAGGAUUUGGGUAUUCUAUAUAUGUAUCUGUGAUUUGUCCUUCUAUUCCAUAUAUAGUUGAACCAAAAUCAAUAGGAACAGGAUUUGUGGUAUUUGCAUCAAUGAAAAAUGCAGGCCUGAGUUUUUGACUAAUGGUAGUUGGAGAAAUUCAUGACAGCCAAGCAGCUAGCAUGACUAUAUGCGAUUCUCAAUUUUAUUUAUUUCAUGGGAGUUAUAGGGCUUCUCAUUGCAAGCUUAUUGUGGAUAGUUGAUAA